UUCACAUUCUUCACUCCCUCCAAACUCCUAUUUCUAUUCAUUCACUCACUCUCCUUUCUUGUCUCAUUCGAAUCCCAAUCAGAAUCAUCGAGUAAUAAUAUCAAACACUUGGUGGGCGAAUGCGAGCUUCAACCAAUUCAAGUCAUGGCUCAUCAGUCUUGUGUUGUGUCUCAUCCUCCACCUUAUGCUCCUCUUAGACACCACCAAAGUCAACAUCACAACCGCAACAAUAACAAUAACAAAAACAACCUCGUCCAAUUCAAAUAUCCCACGCUGCUUCUCCCUCGCACACAUCAUCAUAAUGCUUCUGCGUCUGCCUCCAACCUCUUUGGUUUUCCAAGGCUCAGAAGACCCAAUAUCUCUCUCAAUGCUCUUGAUUCUGAUGCCCCCGAUCCGCAUCACCAGGGAUCAGUUAACUUUGGGAGAAAUGAAAGCUACCAGCAAUGGGAUUCUCUUACAGCAAAAUUCUCUGGAGCUGCCAAUAUUCCUUUUUUGUUACUGCAAAUGCCACAGAUUAUACUCAAUGCUCGAAAUCUUGCAGCUGGAAAUAAUACUGCUCUCAUGGCUGUCCCGUGGCUGGGAAUGCUUACUAGUUUGCUUGGAAACUUGUCACUACUUUCAUACUUUGCCAAGAAGAGAGAACAGGGAGCAAUGGUAGUGCAGACACUGGGUGUCGUUUCAACAUUUGUGGUCCUUGCUCAGCUGGCAUUGGCAGAAGCUAUGCCUUUGCCGUACUUUUCGGCGACUUCAGUUGUUGUGGUGUCUGGUCUUUUCCUGAAUUUCAUGAAUUACUUUGGUUUGCUAAAUGCCGGAAUCUUUCGAUUGUGGGAAGAUUUCAUUACUAUUGGGGGUUUAUCUGUGCUUCCCCAGAUAAUGUGGUCGACAUUUGUCCCCUAUAUACCUAACAGCAUCUUGCCCGGAGCAAUUUCUUUUGUGAUAGCUGUCUUGGCUGUUACCAUGGCAAGAAGUGGAAAACUUUCUGAGCAAGGUGUCAAAUUUGUUGGAGGAAUAUCUGGAUGGACAGCUACAUUACUUUUCAUGUGGAUGCCGGUUUCCCAAAUGUGGACAAAUUAUCUCAAUCCCGAGAACAUGAAAGGCUUGUCAGCAAUUUCUAUGUUGCUAGCUAUGAUUGGGAAUGGACUUAUGCUCCCACGUGCACUCUUAAUCCGUGAUCUCAUGUGGUUCACUGGUUCAGCUUGGGCUACCUUUUUUUACGGAUACGGGAACAUUGCAUGCCUAUACUUGUCAAACAUUAUCAGCAAGGAAUUCUUCUUGGCAGCUACUGCUGGUUUGGUUUCAUGGAUAGGAAUGGCUUUCUGGAGAGAUUCUGUAGUGCAUGGUUACAGUUCACCUUUGACUUCCAUAAGUGACUUAGUUUCUGGAUCAUGAAAGUCCAAGCUUGUAUUGUUGCUGCACUGAAGCUCAAAUUAUCCAGCCAUAGAUUAAUCCUUGUUGAAAAUUGACGCUUGGUAGAUACAACAGUUGUAUACAAACUACUGAGUUUUUAUAUAUUAUACAUAUAUUACUUAUAGUACGUUGGAUCAUAAUUAGUAUUCCUCUCAGCUCUGAGGGCUGAGAACAAUAAUGUUGUAACUAAAUAAAAAGGUUUAAGGAUCUCACAUUCAAGUUGUGAUAUAGCAUUGCUUUGCACUUCUAGGACAUAAAUGUAUUGAUGAGACUAAUUCCUUUAUUCAAUUGUUUCUUCAA